AUAGAAGAGUCUCCCCUGUUUUUGGAUUUUUAAGCCGGUGGUUGGUGACUGGUGAGUGAACAAUUAAAUGGCAUUAGUGACAAUCUCGUCACUCCGAAAGAUUUUCCCUUUUAUCCCCAUCUGAUUUUUUUAUCAGGAAACAAACGUCGAGAGAAUAUUUGUUGCUUUGCUCCAGGGUUUUGAUUUACAGUCAAAGAGCGAGCAGAAGCAAAGAGAAACGAGAAAGAGCAUGGACGGAAAAAGGCAGCUAAAUUCUUGAAGCGGGGUGGGCAAAGCUUAUUUGCUGGAGAGUCUCACAUUUGUCAAACAGUGGAAUAAAAAAAAAAAAAACAGAGUGCUCUGCCAUCACUGGAUAUAAAUCCCCUUCAACACUUCACCAACUCACCGUAUCUCAGAUCUACAGAAUCAGGGUAAAAUCGAGACAUUAAAAAUGUUGUCAGAGAAGCAAGCCGAAGAAGCCAUAGUCUCCAGCUUCGACGAAACCGUCCCUGUUUCUUCUCCUUCCGCCGGCGACCACCUGGACGGGAAAGAACCAGAGCACGAUGAUGACGGCGGCGACCUUCAUCAUCAAUCCGAGUUUAGCCUCAAGAGCAUUUUCUGGCACGGUGGCUCUGUCUAUGAUGCCUGGUUCAGCUGUGCUUCCAAUCAGGUUGCGCAAGUGCUGUUGACUCUGCCAUACUCCUUCUCCCAAAUGGGGAUGCUCUCAGGGAUAAUACUGCAGCUCUUAUACGGAUUCAUGGGCAGUUGGACUGCUUAUCUGAUCAGUGUUCUGUAUGUUGAGUACCGAACCAGAAAAGAGAAAGAGAAUGUCAGCUUCAAGAACCAUGUCAUCCAGUGGUUCGAGGUGCUGGAUGGGUUGCUGGGUCCGACUUGGAAAGCAGUUGGCUUGGCAUUCAACUGCACUUUCCUCCUCUUUGGCUCUGUCAUUCAGCUUAUUGCCUGUGCAAGCAAUAUAUACUACAUCAACGACAAGUUCGAUAAGAGGACGUGGACUUACAUAUUUGGAGCCUGCUGCGCCACCACCGUCUUCAUCCCUUCCUUCCACAACUACAGAAUUUGGUCCUUCCUUGGCCUUGGAAUGACCACUUACACCGCCUGGUACUUAACCGCAGCAGCCCUAGUUCAUGGCCAGGAUCCUGGCGUGGUUCACUCUGGACCCAAGAAGCUGGAUCUGUACUUCACAGGCGCCACCAACAUAUUGUACACAUUUGGUGGUCAUGCUGUUACUGUGGAAAUAAUGCACGCGAUGUGGAAGCCGCAGAAAUUCAAGUACAUAUACCUGCUCGCGACGCUCUACGUGUUCACCCUGACCCUGCCAUCGGCAGCAGCCAUGUACUGGGCGUUCGGAGACGAAUUACUCACCCAUUCCAACGCCUUCUCCCUCCUCCCUCGCACCGGCUGGCGCGACGGUGCGGUCAUCCUGAUGCUCAUUCAUCAGUUCAUAACGUUCGGGUUCGCCUGCACGCCGUUGUAUUUCGUGUGGGAGAAAGUGGUGGGAAUGCACGACACCGAGAGCGUGUUGAAGAGGGCACUCGUGAGAUUGCCCGUGGUGGUGCCAAUAUGGUUCUUGGCCAUCGUGUUCCCCUUCUUUGGGCCCAUCAACUCCGCCGUGGGUGCUCUGCUCGUCAGCUUCACUGUCUACAUCAUCCCUGCCACGGCCCAUAUGCUCACCUAUCGAUCCGCCUCGGCCCGCCUGAAUGCAGCAGAGAAGCCGCCGGUGUUUCUGAAGAGCUGGACGGCGAUGUUCAUAGUGAACGCAUUCGUGGUGGUGUGGGUGUUCGUGGUUGGAUUUGGGCUGGGAGGAUGGGCCAGUGUCACCAAUUUCGUCCGGCAAGUCGACACCUUUGGGCUGUUUGCCAAGUGCUAUCAGUGCCCGCCGCCGGUUCAGGUGGGUCUGAAGCGAAAGGACGCCGCCAUUGAUGCAAUGCUGAUGAUGGGCUUCCCCCGUAAACUGAUCAACCAAACAAUCACCGAGCUCUUGAAAGCUUACGGUGGCAAUGAUGGUUGGAUAUUUAUCGAGAUGGAUUCCUACAAAGCCCUCGUUGAAGCCAUCCUGGAGAAAGACGUCCCAGCGGUAAAACCCUUUGAUCCUUUUCCUUGUCUUGUUACCAGAAAGUUGGAUAUAUGCUCUUUACCUACUUGAAAUUGAAAAGCCAUUGUCGAAUUUCAUCAAUGCACCAUCUGAGAUUUCAAUGAAACAACUCAAGGGUUUAGAGCUAGUGGCCAGCCAUGAGCCAUGUUCUCUAACCGAUGCUUGCUUGCGUACUUGACUACUUGCUAUUUGUCUUUGUUGCAAUGGCUUGUAAUCUGCCUGUUACGAACUCAAAGCCGGCUGGCAUUACGCAUUUGGUUAUGAUCUUGAGCUGAAACUUACAUGGCGGAAUGCUCAGAGGAUGACGACUUAGGUGGCAACAGCAACAUACUCUCUGAAGCUGGGUCCUCUAGUGUUCCACCACCACAACCACCUGUUCAUGAAGAGGUUGCUACACUUUCAUCACCACCUGAUGAUGGUCUAGACAGUGCGUCACAGACCGAGGCAGCUGUGAAUCCUCGGUUCCCCAUUCCUGAAUCUGAAUGCAGUGUCUUCACAUCCCCGGUCGAAGAAAGGGGAAAAGGCGCUGCUGCUGGACCUCUGGGCCACGUUUCUAAGCUAAGCAACUCCAUGGUUUCAUGCUCUAUUGAAGAUCCAGGUCCAACUCUCUCCUUUGCAGAAUGUGUCUUCACAUCCCCAGCUGAAGAAUGCGAAGAUGCUGCCCCACCAGACCAGGUCUCCAACUCUGUGGCUCCACCCCGUGAUGAACAUCGAGCUCCACGUCUCUCCUCGCCAGCAUGCAAGGUCUUCACACCCCCAGCAGAAGUAAGUAAAGUUCCUGGCCGCCUGGACCCGGCUCCUAACCUAAAAAACGACUCCAUGGCUCCAUGCUUUGAGGAACAUCCAGCUCCUGUUCUAUCUCCCAUGAGUGAUAAGCAUAGGCCGCCUUGCCAUGGCUGGAGGAAGCGUCCUCGUUAUGAUGAGCCAACAAACAUCGCGGAACUUGAGCCAUCACCAUUGCCGGAGAAAUUGUUGAAGUUGUUUGGCAGAGACAUCCCUAGGCCACGGAAGAGAAUGUGGGAUGUGAAGAGCUAGGAAUGGUUGUGAAAUUUGGUUGAGAAUACAAGUAAGUUCUGCUUUUUUGGCUAUGGUUAUGUAAUGAUUAGGAGGUUUGUUGUAAGGCUUGUUUGUAGAUCUCUUGGCUGGAUUUGGACCCUGGAAGACGACUGUCUGUAGGAAUGAAUGAGCAGGUUUAUAGUGGUGUAGGGAGUUCCAAGAAUACGGGAAUCAGGAAAGCUGUUGAUAGUUUUGUUUUGGCCUUUGGGAAACUGACCCAACUUGUUUGUGAUGUAGGUGUAUGGUUUCAGCCUAACUUGUUACGAGUGUAUGGAAUUGUGGAUAAAGUGUUAGGGUGCGUUUGGAUACAAUGAUUUGGAUUUGGUAUUUGUGAUUUGGAUUUCUAAAUACCAAAUCAUGUGUUU